GGGGACAAGGGGAAAGGACAGAGAAACACCUUUGACAGAAGAGGAGAAGACGACCGAAAACGAAGUGAGAGGACAGGAUCCAGAGUGACAGAUAUUGAGCCAGCCGACAAAUCAAAAAGGAAAAAAAAAAAGAGAAAAGGAAUUCUAGUAAGAGUAAGUAAUGAGGACAGAUAAAAACCUGACAUUUAACUAUCCAAUCAUUUUCUCUGCUACGCAGCUUGAGAGAACAGCCAGAAAGGAAAACAAAGGUGAAUAGAGAGAGAAAGGACAGGAGCAUAGAGAUGACUUUCUGAAGACAUGGAAAGGAUCAGAGCCCUCGCCAUGCCCCCCCUCAACUGUGCCCCACUGGCCGGCCUGCUCCUGCUGAUUCUUUCUGGGUUCCUGGGGGGCUGGGUCCUGUCCAUCUGCCCCUCUGUGUGCUCCUGCAGCCGGGGACACCGUGUGGUGGACUGCUCCUUCCGAGGUCUGACCCAGCUUCCUCCCGGUCUGCAGCACAACAUCCGCUUCCUCAACCUCUCCCACAACAGCCUACCCGGUCUUGGGGACCAAUUAAGCCACUAUGCCCACCUUCGUACCCUGGAUGUGUCCUACAAUCGAAUGGGCCACCUGCCCUCCUCCCUGCCUCGGGCCCUUUGGGACAUCCGUGCAGCAGGGAACCAGCUCCGAUCCCUUGACAAAAAUGACACCGCCUACCACUGGAACCUGAGGGUUCUGGAUCUGUCUGCCAACGAGCUGGAGAGGGUGGUCUUCAUCAACAACACCCUGCCAAGUCUUCACGCGCUCAACUUGAGUCACAAUCGGUUUUGGACAGUCCCCACAAAUAUGCCUCACAAUCUGGAGAGUGUGGAUUUGUCCCACAACUACCUGGUUCAGAUCUUGCCGGGCUCGUUGGACCGUUUGCCCAGGUUGAGCCGGUUCUACCUGCAUGGCAACCGCUUCUCCUGGGUGGCAGAGGGGGUUCUGGAUCGGCUGAUUGGCCUUGAGUUGCUGACACUAGGGGAUAAUCCUUGGGCUUGCGAGGAGGAGGAGAACAUUACUAAGCUCUUGGGCUGGGCUGAGCACACCCGUGCCAUUGUUUUGGGCUGUCCUUGCUACACUAGGCCGACCUGCGGACAGGCCCACAUGGUGACUCCCGGGGGGGAGUGGCACUUUGCCUCUUACACAGAGCCCCCUCUGGGAGCUGAUGUACGGGACUUCAGCCACGAUGAUUCCCCUGUCAGGGCUGCAGUGGUCACCUCUGGGUACCUGGCCAAGUCGGCGCUGUUAGAAACUGGAAUGUUUGCGGGGGGGAGAGGGGGUGCAAACGGUUCAAGGGACCAGACGUUGGAUUGGACUUCAACAUCUUCCUAUUGGCUCUCCACACGUACAAGCACAACAGGGCGUCCACGUUCUGCCACCAAAAAGCCAAACAUGGGAAGCGCUAGGAGUGAAGGAUAUGGACUACAUUACCAGAUUCCACGUUUGGUAAACUUCAACCUUUUAGUUGCAGUGGCUGCCUUGAAAGCCGUCUAACUCAUCUUUAACAGGAUUGUAACUGAUGCAUUUUGGAAACAGGAAAGCAAAUGAAGACUGAUGGGGGGGAAAGAGUUGUAACGCUAUAACAUUUUAUUAAAAAAAACUGACUGUUACUGCCUAAGAUGAAUAUCGUCAUGUGUUUUCUCUACCAUCUUCCUACAAAGAAGCCGUUCAACUCCAAUUUAAAACUUGAUUAUGUCGUAAAAACUAUGUCCUUCAAAUUCCUACAAAAUAUUUAGGUGAAGGUACUGUAGCUAAAAAUCAUGACAGAUACUACUCAAAAGCGCUACUGUUGGUGUGGCUAAAUGAAUGCUCAACUCUGUAUAGCUGAUGCUUGUCAUGUGACAGAUGCUACUGCAUUUUAUGGUUUAUAUGAGAUAAAGGAAAAAAACAUCAA